GGAGAAGAAAAUGAAAAUUUUCAACGACGCAGUUAUUGGAUGCUUGAAGAGGAACUCUCACACAUUGUUUUUGUCCACUACCUGGAAGUAAAGGGAAACAGAGCAAAUUUUAAUCAUGUUAGAGAAACUGAAACUGCUACUCCAUAUUCCCAAGAAAUGAGGGAAAUUAUGCCCAAUUCUGAGAUGGGAAGUUCUAUUUCUUCUAGAUUUCUUCCAAAUAAUUGCCAAGUGCCUUCAACUACACAUACUACAGAUACAACAAGCCUAAAUAGUGCACAUGCUUCAGAAUAUGAAGAUACUGAGUCAGUGUGUAAUCCCCAAGCAACUUCUGGAUUCCAUUCUUUUUAUGAGCGACAACAGCCUACUAUGGAGAAGUUUGAUGCUGGAACCUCUGAUCCUUAUGUUCCUCUUCCUCAGUCCUAUUCAAAUAGUUUUGAAGAAAAGUUGUCAAUGGUUCCUGGUAUGGAUUUAGCCUCCAUUCAAGCAGGCAAGGGAAAAUAUGGCAAUGUUUCUGAAUUAUCAUAUGAGUCCCAGAAGCAACCAGACUUUUUAUCAUGGGAAGAUAUCUUGGAAAAUUUUACUCCUAGCAUGCAAUCCAUGCAAUACCAAGCAUCGUUUUCCUCUACACAUCCCGAUACCAUGGGCCAACUUUUGAGCAACAACUUCCUUAGAAGGCAGGAGUUUGGGGGGAACCCACUAAUGCGAGAAGAGUCUCAGGGUUCUGAUGUUGAUAAUUCUAUGCAAAAUGACUCCCAAACACAGCUUUCAGAUGGAGAGCGUCUUUAUGUUCCUCCACCGGAUUCAGAUGGUGGCUUGAACUUGGAGGGAAGGUCAAUCUAUGGUUCUGCCACAGGGCAGCAUUUGUUAUAUGGUUCUUUAUCAGAAGCAGCGUUAAAAAAGCUUGACAGUUUUAACCGCUGGAUGAGCAAGGAAUGUGGAGACGUUACAGAUGUAGAUGAGUCACAUAUGCAGUCAAAUUCUGCGGCCAACUGGGAAACAGUUGACAAUGGAAAUGAGAUUGAUGUAUCUGGCAUUCCGUCUGAAGGAAAAACAGAUACCUUUACACUGGGUCCUUACUUGUCCCAGGAUCAACUUUUUAGCAUUGUUGAUUUCUUACCAAAUUGGGCAUAUGGAGGCUCUAAAACCGAGGUGCUAAUCAGAGGAAGAUUCUUGAAGAGUCCUGGUGUGAUAGAAAAUUGUAAAUGGUCAUGUAUGUUUGGGGAAGUUGAAGUUCCAGCCAAGGUUGUAGCUGAUGGUGUUCUUCGUUGCCAUACUCCGACGCAUGAGGCUGGCUGGGUUCCUUUUUAUGUCACAUGUUCCAAUGGAUUGGCUUGUAGUGAAGUGCGAGAAUUUGAAUACCGAGUCAGUCAUUCUGAUGAUAUGAAUACUGCAGAUAACUGCAGUGCCAACAGUGGAAAUCUUCUUUAUCGAUUUGGUAAAUUAUUGAGCUUAAGCUCUAGUUUUACUAUUUCUGAAAUCAGCAGUCUGGAUGAUAUGUCCCAAUUGAGCAGUAAAAUUAAUUCAUUGCUCAAGGAGGACACCUUAGGAUGGGAGGAGAUGUUAAAGUUUAGUUCGGAAGAGGAAUGUCAGCCAGAAAAAUUAGUGGAGGAACAGCUGCUGAAAGAAAAACUGCAUGUAUGGCUCUUACAGAAAGUAGCUGAAGGUGGUAAAGGCCCUAGUGUGUUGGAUGAGGGUGGCCAAGGUGUACUACAUUUUGCAGCUGCUCUUGGCUAUGAUUGGGCUUUUGAACCUACUGUAGUUGCUGGUGUAAGUGUGAAUUUCCGUGAUGUGAAUGGAUGGACUGCACUUCAUUGGGCCGCAUCUUGUGGAAGUAUUUUCCUUUUGUUCUUUAGUACACUAGAGAAGGCUACUGUAAUCCGAAGAGAGCGUGCAGUGGCUUCCCUCAUUUCUUUGGGUGCAGCUCCUGGAGCAGUAACAGAUCCAUCAUCUAAAUAUCCUAUAGGCAGAGCACCUGCUGAACUGGCCUCUGCUAAUGGACAUAAAGGAAUUGCUGGAUACCUUGCAGAGUGUUCUUUAAGUGCCCACCUUUCAUCCCUUAAUUUGGAUAACCAAGAUGGUCAUGCUGCAGAAGGAGCAAAAGCAGUGCAGGAAUUUUCAGAAAGAACUGCAAUUCCAUUUAGCUUAGACAACACAUCAGAUGCCCUGACACUAAAGGACUCAUUGGCUGCUGUCCGUAAUGCUAACAUAGCUUUUUCACGUAUUCAUCAGGUUAACCAGGUGCAUUCCUUCCAAAAAAAGCAGUUAAAAGAGUAUGGGGAUGACAAAUUUGGAAUGUCAGAUGAGCGUGCACUUUCACUUUUAGCGGUUAAGUCUUACAAGCCAGGACGAAAAGAUAAAUAUGCACAUGCGGCUGCAACUCGCAUACAAAGCAUAUUCCGUGGUUGGAAGGAUAGAAAACAGUUUAUGAUGAUCCGAGAGAAAAUUGUCAAAAUUCAGGCUCAUGCAAGAGGUCACCAAGUUAGGCGAAACUAUAGGAAAAUAAUCUGGUCUGUAGGAAUUUUGGAGAAGGUGAUCUUGCGUUGGAGAAGAAAACGGAGUGGUUUGUCUCGUUUUAAGCCAGAAGCACUUUCUCAGACUCCCAAUAUGCAUGAAGAAUCCUCAAAAGAUGAUGACUAUGAUUUUCUGAAAGAAGGCAGGAAACAAGCAGAAGAAAGAUUGCAAAAGGCAUUUGCUAGGGUAAAGUCUAUGGUUCAGUAUCCUGAAGGCAGAGAUCAAUAUCGCAGAAUGCUGCUUGUUGCCACUGAGAACCAAGAGAAAAGGCUCAAUCCCCUGGGGCCAAAUGGUUUUGAUGAAGAACUGUUAGAUACUGAAGCACUUUUAGAUGAUGACUUUAUUCCAAAAGAAGAGGAAUGGAAUGCCCAAGAGGUCCGAGCAAUUGUUGAUGAAACGGAAGAGAGGAAGCUAAUGUCCGAAAGUGUUGAUGCGUUUUCUUCUCGUUUAGAAUCUCCCAACUGUCGCAAAGUGUUGGCCAAGAUUCCAAAAGAAGAGGAAUGGGAUGCGCAAGAAAUCCACGCAAUUGUUGACGAGUUAACUGUUCUCCCAGAAUCUCCAGACUGUCCCUUUCUUCUUCAAUUGUCAUUGGAAGGAAGCUAUGCUCUGACUGCUAUCCCUUCCUCAUUCUUCGACCAUAUGCCUCUCCUCCAACACUUAAAUUUGUCCUGUACCAGUAUCAAGUCUUUGCCAGCAUCUCUUCCCAAGUUGGUUGCACUUAAAACGCUCAUUUUAAGGAACUGUGAUCUCUUCAUGGAACUCUCGCCUCAAAUUGGACAACUUCAUAAUCUUGAGGUGCUUGAUCUUGAUGAAACUCAAAUUUUGUUUCUGCCAAAGGAGAUUGGAAAUUUGUCCAACUUAAAAUUUUUGAG